AUGGACUUCUCACAAUAUCACGAAGCCACCUUCGACAACUUUGCCCAAGAGCAACGUGACAGCAUGGAUGCUAACCAAGACUUAUUCUCCAUGGGGAGUACCUUGCCGUCGUCUUCGCCAGAGGCAGAAGACCGACCUACUGGCAAGAAAAUCGCUGCCACUAGGAAGGCUCGAAGCCGAGACUGGCCAGUCAAAGAUCCUAACUUCCAAUAUGAGGUGAUCCCAUCCUUCCGUCAGCAUAGAGCUCAGUAUGGUGGUCAGUCCAAGCAGAUUGACGACGGCGUCGACGGAGCCAAAGGUUUAUUGGUGAAGUUUUCAGACAAAGAUGACCAGCUUCGUCUCAAGUACGAUCUCAAAAUCGUCAAGGGACGACCUCAUUCACAAUGGCCAGCGUUCAAGAGCGUUGAAGAGAUCAAUGUGCCAAUGGGCACGACACUAGAACAGAUGUGCCAGCAUUUCCCUCUGCAUGUGUGGGGUCAUGGUCUGCGCAUCUUCAUACAUGAAGGCAAGACUGCUGAGUGGAUCUGGAACGCAGUCCCUCCCAAAGCAAGAAACAAGGGUUCGAAGAGCCGACCUUGGAACUACUAUCAGCAAGCGAUGGGUCGUGAGGUCGAUAGGAUGAGAGAAGAGUCCGGCAGCGCCAAGCGUGUGCCUGAGAAGAGAAAGAAGGCCGCAUCAUCAGAGGAUGAGGACGAGGAGAAUGAGUUCAGCACCAGUGAAGAAGAGAUGACUGGUUCUGAAGGGCGCGCAGCAACCACAACUCCUGAUCGCGGUCGUCGUAGUAAACGACAGCGACCCAACCACCUCCCUGCUCACCACUCCACAGAAUUGAUGCAAGAGCAGUUCGUCCACGCAAUUGACCAGACUUGGCCCUCGAUGACGGAGAAACACUCUUCCUAUACAUAUUCGUCGGAAAACGCCUAUAGCUCUACUGCUGAGCAAAAUGCACCACAAGAGUCGUCGAUGCCCGUAUCACAAUACCCAACCGAAACUCCUUCUGCAUAUCUGUGGCAAGGAAACAACCAAAAUGCCUCGCCACUGUUCAACGACGCCGGGCAGGGUCAAGAUCAGUUCGCACCUGAAGUACAGACAUUUGAGGAUGAUUUUGGUGACCUCGAUGCCCUGCUCCAAAACUACCAACCAAUCAAUGAUGAAGUGACGGCGUUCGAACCAGACUAUCAGGUUCAGGAAGAACUCAACAACCCAGACGAAGUCAACAAACUCAAGUCUCGGGACUGGGUACCAGAGGUGGCGAACGCAUUCAACCCCUAUGGCACCUUCCGCGAUUCUGUGACGACUGCAGAAGAGGUUGAUCUUGACCAUGUCGUCACGACUGGGCAAUUUCAACCCACUCACACCACAGCCGACACGACAUCAUAUUCAUCAGUGUCGCAACAGCCAGUCGCUAAAGACAAUGAUCUGGACUUGUCGUGGGGCAACCAGGACUUUGCGAACGACUCCGAUGAACAGGAGUUUUAA